GGCCCACCACACCAUGCUCCUAUGCCUUGCUUAUGAUAAGCAACGUGUUAUUUUAACAUUGGAACCCCGACCUUACACGGCGAAAGCUGAAAAAGGGGAUCGCUAAUUGGAAUUUGGAAGAAGCCAUUCUCAACUUUCCAUUUGAUGUCAGCUCACACGAAGUUGGUACAUGGGGAGCAUGCGGUUGUCCUUGUGCCGUUGUGCGCCCUCAAAUAAAAUAUGAAGCACCGAGCAUGAUCUGAGCUUUUUCUAUACUCAACUACCAUAUAUCCAUUAUUCCCUUCUCUGCCUUUCACAAUGCCGAAUCCGGUCCACCAACGGAAACGAGCAGUAGCCGUGUGGCGGGCUUGCCUAGCCUCUGCCUUUCGCCCUGCCCUGGCCUGCACCAUGGUGGGCUUUGCAACUCUCUACGGCCCACCUUCCUUCCAACGCCAAGUAGCUUUCCCCUCGUUUUCUUAUGUUACUGUAAUCCUCAUUGUGACAGACGCCACAUUGGGUGACGCGUUGCAUGCUUGUUGGCUGGCGCUGUACGCCACGUUGCAGAGCCUAGGACCCGCCAUCUUGAGCCUGUGGUUGAUAGGACCCUCCCGGCUCACCAACGGCACGACGGCUCUUGCGGUGGCGCUCGGAGGGUUAGUGGUGGCAUUGCCCAGAUCGACUCAUUUGACAGCAAAGCGGAUAGCGUUGGGUCAGAUUGUGUUAGUGUAUGUUAUUGCCUUUAUCAACGGCAUCCAGACUGAUCCGGUUAUGCAUCCGCUGCACGUGGCGGCCAGCACCGCCGUUGGAGUUGUGGCUUGCGUUUUGGCCUUGUUGGUUCCUUACCCACGGUUAGCAUGUUGGGAGGAAGGCAUGAAGUGGGAAAGACUCCCAUUCAAAUUCUUGAGGCCGAAUCAUACGAACUCGAGGGAGAAAUUGCUAGAGAUAGAGAUAGCCUUAAAAGGGAUGGAAAUGGCUUUAGAAAAUUUUCCUUCAUUUCCGUCGCCUAGAAUAAUGUUGGAUGCAGAGCUAAAAGAUGGUCUACUCAAGUUGGAGGAGCACAUGACCAUCUCCAUAAAACAAGCCAGGAAUUGUUCACCAUGUGUUUCCUUAACCGUACCCGAAUCAAAUGCUGAAAACAUCAUGAAUUUCCUUCAAGCGCUUCAAACAAUCCCACAGACCCACCAAGAGUUACCCUCUUUCUUCUUCUUAUUCUGCGCGAAACUCCUUCAAUCCAAACCACCUCAAAAUUCGUUAAUUCAAAAAAAUGAAGGACCUAAUUCCCAUUCUUCCAAACAAAAUGGACUUCUCUCCUCCAAAGAUAUGUUUGGUUGCUGGGCCAUGAAACUCAAAAGUAAGAGGCUUUUGCUUGCUUUCAAAUGCUCACUUUCAUUGGGCCUUGCAGUGCUGUUCGGCUUGAUGUAUAGUAAGCCCAAUGGGUUUUGGUCAGGGCUUCCAGUAGCCACCAGCCUGGCUGUGGCUCGAGAGGCUACAUUCAAAGUGGCAAAUGUUAAAGCACAAGGGACGGUGUUAGGCAUGGUCUAUGGAGUAUUGGGUUGCUUUGUUUUUGAAAGGUUUGUGCCAAUUAGGUUUUUUUCUCUUCUUCCUUGGUUCAUUUUCAGCAGUUUCCUUCGGAGAAGCCGGAUGUAUGGACAGGCUGGUGGAAUAUCUGCAGUCAUUGGGGCUAUUUUGAUUUUGGGCAGAAAGAAUUUUGGGCCCCCAAGUGAAUUCGCCAUAGCAAGAAUCAUGGAAACCUUCAUUGGGUUGUCUUGUUCAAUAAUUGUGGACCUUCUUUUUCAGCCCACAAGAGCUUCUACUCUAGCCAAAACUCAGCUAUCCACAUGCCUUGGAACAUUGCAUGAAUGUAUUGGGUUAAUGUGUCUUCAAGCUGGAAAUGCUAAUAGCUUGUUGGAGAAGCAGAAGCAACUGAGAUUAAAUGUAAAUGAGCUAGGAAAAUUCAUUGAAGAAGCCCAUGCCGAGCCCAAUUUCUGGUUUUUGCCUUUCCAUAGUGCAUGUUAUGGUAAGCUCUUGGAGUCCUUGUCAAAAAUGAGAGACCUCUUCCUUUUUGGUACUCGUGCUAUAGAAUUCCUCGAACAAGAAUUACAAACACUCAAUCCUUCUUCAAGAGAAUCUCUUAAAAAAAUAGAUGAUGACAUCAAAAUUUUCAAGGAAUCCAUUGGUUCUUUGAUUAAAUGUCUUGAGGAGAUCUCUUUGAUCAAAUCUCUAACAGUUCUUGACGAGGAGCUAUCGAAGAAGAACGUCUCUCAAGAUCUUGAAUUGGGAAAAUCAUCAAAUUCGAUCCUGUCGAGGCUUUCUGGGGUUGAUGAAGAUGAUAAUCAGAUGGAGAGGAUGUUGAAUUCAUUUCUUCAACACUCAAGGGAAGUUGUGGAUAAAAUUCAAGUUGUUCAUGGCGCCCGGAAGGAGCUGAAGAGUCAAGUGGUUUUAAGCUUGAGUGCACUUGGUUAUUGCAUGAGAAGGUUAAUGAUGGAAAGCAAAGAGAUCGUAGGUGCUAUAAGAGAACUCACUCAAUGGGAGAAUCCUACAAGACAUGUAAAUUUAUAUGAAAUUUCAUGUAAAAUACAUAGUUUGUAUACUUGAAGUAAUAUGUCUUGAAUUCAAGAUAUAGACAUGCUGUUGGGAGAAGAGGAUUACCUCCAUUUGUUUCUUUUCUUUUGGUUUUUUUUUUUUUCAAGUAUAAAAAAAUUCUAAACUU